AUGAGCGACAAAAUCAGCUCGUGGAAUGUCGUCCACCGGCUGGAGAAGCGCUCGCUUCUCGUUGGAAUCAACUGCAUCGCAGCACUGUCUAUUUUAAUGUUUGGCUAUGACCAGGGCUUGAUGGGUGGUGUCAAUAAUGCCGAAGACUAUAUUGACCGCAUGGGCUUCGGCUACACAAAGUACGUCGACGGCACCCCGACGCCCGUGAUCACCAACACACUGCUGCAAGGGGGCAUCGUCUCUGUAUAUUAUUUAGGCACGCUAUUUGGAGCAUUAUUCGGAGGCAAACUGGGCGACAAUGUAGGCAGGAUCAAGACUAUUGCGAUGGGUGCGCUCUGGGGCAUUGUGGGUGCAACUUUGCAAACGUCAGCUCAAAACCACAAUUGGAUGAUUUGCGCUCGUGCUGUCAAUGGAUUCGGUACUGGAAUCCUUAACGCCAUCAUCCCGGUGUGGGCUACUGAGACAAGUGAACACACUUCGCGGGGCCAAUUUAUUGCCAUUGAAUUUACACUGAAUAUUUUGGGUGUUGUCAUUGCGUACUGGAUGGAAUUUGGCCUCUCCUUUAUUGACGGCGGCAAAUCAGCCAUCAGAUGGCGUUUCCCUAUCGCAUUCCAAAUCAUAUUCCUCCUCGUCCUCUUCGUGGCGGUGUGGUUCUUUCCGGAAUCGCCGCGUUGGCUAGUAAAGGUUGGACGAGAAGACGAAGCCCGGUACAUACUAGGCCGGUUACGAGGAGACUCUGAAGAAGAAGAUAGAGCUCGUGCAGACUCUGAAUUCCGCGAUAUUUUGAACAUUGCGGAACUUGAGCAAUCAAUCUCGCACAACCACUCGUAUUUGUCUAUGCUGUUUGGCUACAAGUCGGGGAAGUUGCAUCUCGGACGUCGAGUGCAAUUGGUCAUCUGGCUACAGAUCAUGCAGGAAUGGGUUGGUAUUGCUGGGGUCACAGUUUAUGCGCCGACUAUCUUCUCAAUUGCUGGUUUCAAUGCCGAAAAGAGCCAGUGGAUUAGCGGAUUGAACAACGUGUUCUACAUGUUUGCAACCCUGAUCUGCGUGUUCACUCUCGAUCGGAUUGGCCGUCGAUGGACGCUUUACUGGGGUUCUAUAGCGCAAGGUCUGGCUAUGUUCCUUGCCGGCGGCUUCUCUCGACUCGGCAUCAACGCCACUGCAGCGGGUGAUACCGUCAAAGCAUCUCAAUACGGGGCUGCUGCUGCUUCCAUGGUUUUCAUCUUUACCUCUGUUUUCGGCGCAACCUGGUUGACGGUCCCGUGGCUUUACCCGGCCGAGAUCUUCCCCUUGGCUGUGAGAGCUCGCGGAAAUGCGUGGGGUGUUGUUGGAUGGAGUAUUGGAAAUGGUUGGCUGACUCUUUUGUGCCCAACCAUGUUUGGUAAAAUCGGCGAAAAGACGCUGUAUAUUUUCGGCAUUGCUAACGUGAUCACGCUUCCGAUGGUCUGGGCACUGUAUCCCGAGAGCAACCAGCGCACGCUCGAGGACAUGGACCUUUUGUUUGCUGCUGACACGCCGUGGAACUGGGAUGCUGAGAGCACCUUUGCGCGGCUCAAGGCAGAGAACCCGGACCUGGGGGUUUCGACGAGCCGGAAGAACAGCGUCUUCGAUCCGGAGACGGGAAAGCCUAUGCGGCAGGAACUUUCCCUGGUCUUGUGA